UGAUAAAGAAUUGCGGAGAGCCCCAGAAACGUUGGUACUUUGAUUUACAAAAACAAGAAUGUUAUUCCUUUUACUAUCAAGGAUGUAUGGGCAAUUCAAAUAACUUCCCCUCUCUCUAUGAUUGCCGUAUUUCUUGCAUUAUUGGAGCUUGUUGUUGGAGAUCACCUCUUCAUCUAAACAGAGUCCCUGGUUACAGUGAAGACGGCUAUGACAGAUAUGGCUUUAAUGCUGAAGGAAUUUCAAAGAACAGUGAGCGGCGUUCUUCUGAAACGGGUUUUGGUGGUGAGAAAGCUAUUUUUCGGUUUAAUGGAUUUGAUUUUCAAGGAUACAACAAAGAAGGCUAUAAUGCUGAGGGAUUGGACAGACAAGGAUAUAAUUCUAAAGGAUAUCACCACAUUACUAAAUUUAAUCUAACAGGUUUUGACGCUUUCGGAGAUCAUGAUGGAAUUAUCGAUUUCGAUAGAGAUGGUUAUGAUUCUGAUGGCUAUAACAGAGCUGGCUUUAACUGCUACGGAUAUUCAAAAGCUGGUUGGGAUUCUAAUGCCCUUAGUGCUGGAUGGUCAUUUAAUUGCCGUGCAAUGAAUUUGAGGGAAUGUCAAAAAAUAGAAAAGCAGUUUUCUUAUUUACAAAACGAAGUAAUAGCAUUCACUCCAGGUAAAAAGUGUGAGGAAGUCGAAUGUGAAGCGAAAUGUGGUUGCAGUUUCAUAAACAAUAACUAUUCCCUGAGAUCAAAAUUUUCCCUUGGCUGUGGAACCUGUGAGUGCACCUUAUCUGGUCAUAUCAGUUGCCCGUGUACUUCAAUAAGUAUGAGAAAAGAAAUUAGGGAUAUGACACCUGAAGAAAUGCAGCGUUAUCAAAAGGCGAUAAAAACUCUUGCAUUACAAAAAUCGCCUUUAACAUGGCAGAACUUAACCCAUUUAUAUCAUCAACAUGUACCUCAUUCACGUGGAGGACCUAUGUUCUUGCCUUGGCAUCGAUAUUUUCUCCGUUUAGUUGAAAUGAAGCUACAAGAAAUUGACUGUUCUGUAACUAUACCAUAUUUUGAUUGGACAAUGGAUGUUGGCUCCCUAGAAACAUCUGUAGUAUGGCAGGCGAAUUAUUUUGGUGGAAACGGAGAUAAAACUAGAGGCAACUGUGUGAGAAAUCAUCCAUUUAAAAAUCAUUAUAGUCUCUACUGGGAUGAUUGUCUAAGGAGAGAGUUCAAUACUUCAGUUCACUUACCUAAUGCUGUGGAAUUAGAAAAUAUCACCAGGAUUCAGUCUUUUGAUGAAUUUAGUGCUGCACUGGAUACUUUAAGUGGCUUAUUUCAUUUAUUUGUCGGAGGACAUAUGGCGACACUAGAUGCAGCUUAUGAUCCAAUUUUCCUUUCUCACUACGCUUUUAUUGAUAAACUUUGGUAUGACUGGAUAUCGGAGAAUCCAGAUAAUGUACAAAAGUUUCCGCUAAAAUAUAGGUAUCGCCCAUUAAUUCCUUUCGCUGUUCUUCCUGAUGAUACUUUUAUGAGUGACACUCAGUUAUGUGUUACGUAUCACUUCAUCACUGAAGGAGCACCUUGUGUUUACGGAACUUCCCUUAAGACAGGACAUCAUUUAGCAUACGAGAUCAAAUCAAAAUUAACAGAUAUUGACGGAUAUGAUAGUAAAGGUUAUGAUUCUUCUGGCUAUGACCGCAUGGGUUGGACUAGAAAUGGAUUUCAUAGGGAUUCAUUCAAUCGAGAUGGGUUCGAUGUUCAUGGAUUUGACCGUAAAGGUUUCAAUCGGUAUGGGUUCGACAGAAAUGGUUGCAAUAGUAAAGGAGUUUGUUUUAACGAAUAUCCGUAUGAUUCUUAUGCUCCAUUUAAGAGUAAUGUUUAUGAAAACUAUAAUGAGCUAGGAUUUCGUUUCACUGGUUUUGAUUUUCAUGGAUAUGACUCUUAUGGUUUCGAUAUCUAUGGGUUUGAUAAAAAUAAUUGUAGUUACUUUUUCAAGGGUCCCUUUUAUCCAAUAUUUAUGAAACAUGCGAAGAAGAAACUGAAGAUGUUGCCCAAGACGGAACUAAACAAUGUUAAACGAAUCUGUUCUCCUGUAACUACUAUACCUAAGUGGUGGCAAACUAUAAACUGGUUAAAUAGAAAAAAAGAACUAUAUUACAAAGAAAUCUUAUUUCCUUAUCAUUCUGAGGAAAAUAUUCCAUCUUUUUUUGAUUUUAAAGGAGCUUGGCUAGCUCCUGUGCCGGAUGAAAGGUUUUGCUUUCAUCUACAUCAUCAUUCUAAAUGUGACUUAAAUCAGGCUCCUGUUCCUUGUCCUUUCAAAACAUGUUCCUCUGCUCUAUGUCCUUCCCUACCGAGCUCUCGGUGUCGCAGUUUCGGAUGCGGAUCAUGUGAUAACAAUUACUUUAAUAUUGUGACACAGAAACCAACUUCAUGCAACAAUAAUGUGUGCUUGGUGGCAGACAGCAGUAACAAAUUAGAUGGAGAAAUUUGGGAAGACGAUUCUUGCAACACUUGUUCUUGCCAGGCAGGGUUGGUUUCAUGUUCUUCAACGCUUUGUGAGCCUGAUUGUGACCAUCCAAUUGCAAGAGAAGGAUCCUGUUGCCCAGUAUGUGAUGGUUGCAUGAAAAAUAACACUGCAUAUGAAAAUGAUGAGGAAUUCGUAGACCCUGAAAACCCAUGCCUAAAAUGUCAGUGCAAGAAUGGAUCCAUAAUGUGCUCUGCGCUAGAAUGUCCUCCAGUAAAGCCAUGUCGACAGAAUGCUGUCGUAAUUUUAGACGGAGAGUGCUGCCCUUUCUGUUCAACUUGCGGACCUCAUCAUGAGGGUUCAUAUUGGAUGGAAAGCCCUUGCCAUAACUGUACAUGUCAAGCUGGAAAUGUUCUGUGUUCGGUGAUUGAUUGUCCAAUGCCUUCGUGCCAAUAUCCUGCCAGAGCAGUAGGAGAAUGCUGCCGUCAUUGUGAUGAUUGUGAAUAUAGAGGAAGCUACGUCAAAAAUGAAGAGUUCUUCUAUCCUGAAAGGUGCAUGGAAUGCAAAUGUCAGAAAGGGAAUAUCACCUGCCAUAAAAUUGACUGUUCUCAUUCCCUGUGCAAUUUUCUUCGAAGUGAAUAUGAACAUUGCUGCACAAAUUGCAAUCAAGGAUGCCAAUAUGAUGGAAAAGAAUAUAAAGAUGGAAGCAUUUUCCUGCCAGCUUUCAAUCCUUGUUUAAAUUGCUCUUGCAAGAAAGGACUUGUACGUUGUCUUCCUGUUACCUGCCCUGAACCUGAUACUUCUUGCGAACGUCCUGUGUUUCCUCCUGGUGGAUGCUGCCCGAUGUGUCCAAAAUGUUUUCAUGAAAAUAGGGAAUAUUUUAACGGCGAGAGCUGGAAACCUUCUGAUGAUGCUUGCAAAAGUUGCACAUGUCUCGAUGGAUCUGUAAUGUGCUCUUACCAAGAAAUUUGCUCCGAAAAAAAGUGCUCGCAUGGAGUUAUACCAGCUGGAGCAUGUUGUUCUCCAUGCAUUGACUGCCAGUACAAUAGCCAUGUUGUUCUGGAUAAGAUGCAGUUCUCUCCUCCAGGUGAUCCAUGUUCACGAUGCAUCUGCAGAAAGGGGGACAUCACUUGUGUUCGAGAAACGUGUCCCAAACUUCUUUGCGUUGCUACAGAGCUGCCGUAUGGAUCUUGCUGUCCAGUGUGUAAAGGUUGUUUAAACAGCAAUGGGCAAUAUAUAGAACAUGGCCAAAAAUGGACUCAUUCCAGUGAUAUUUGCCAAAUAUGCUCCUGUGAUGAAGGCGCAAUUAAAUGCGAUAGAGUUUUAUGUGAUGUACCGUGCACACAUCCAGUUAGGAAACCUGAUGUCUGCUGCGCAGAAUGCAGAGACUGUCAGGUUUUCGGGGUAGUUUACCCGAAUAGUGUCGAAAUUCCAACCAGAGAUGAUUGCAAAAAAUGUUUUUGUUUCAACGGAAAUAUGGAAUGUGAAUCGGUCAGUUGCGUCACUGUCACAUGUGAAAAUCCUAAGGUUGAACCUGGAAGCUGUUGCCCUUCUUGCAAAGAAUGCAAUUUCCAGGGCACCAUUUACAUGGAUGGUGAAACAUUUCAUCCUAAAUCUGAUUCUUGCUAUUUUUGUACUUGUGAUAAAGGAGCAGUUUCUUGUGAAAGGAAGAUGGAUCAGUGCAAUCCCCAGUGCACAGAUCCAGUAAAGUUACCCGGUCAGUGUUGUCCUGUAUGCGAUGGUUGUGAAUAUGAAGGAAAAGUAUUAAAAAACAAAGAACGUUUUUUCCCUAAUCCACUUAAUCUAUGUUUGCAGUGUGAAUGUAUUAAUGGGAACGUUAAAUGUUCUGAACAGCAGUGUCCCAAACUCAGUUGUCCAAAUCCGAUCAAAUCUGAAAACCAGUGCUGUGAAGAGUGCUUAGAAUAUUGCAGAGACAGAACGAAUGAGAACAUUCAACAUAAUGAAGGAGAUGUUUGGAUAUCGACUGAAAAUCCAUGUGAAAUUUGUAGAUGUAAGGAUUCUGUUGUUCUCUGUGAACGCACUGAUUGUCCUCCUGUUCACUGCCAACACGCUGCUGCCCCAUUUGGAGUAUGCUGUCCAGAAUGUGAACACUGCGAAUUCACUCACAGAUUGUACAGAAAUGGCGAAGAAUUUAAUCACAGAGAUGACCCAUGUCAAAUAUGUAAAUGUCAGAACGGGUCUGUUUUUUGCGAAACAGUAGUUUGCGAUUCACAGCCAUGUAUGGAGCCCGAAGUCUUAGAAGGCUUGUGUUGUCCAAUUUGUCCUCCAGAAAUGAAAUGCCAUUACCUAGGGAAAACUUAUAUGGCUUGGGAGAACUUCAUGGACCCUGAAAAUGCCUGUAGUGAAUGUGUCUGCCUUGACGGAAUGGUCAGCUGUCAUCCAGUACUUUGCUCGAACACAGAAUGUCCUAAUCCUCAGUUUGGAAGCUGUUGCGAAACAUGUGAUGGUUGUUCAUAUGGUGAGAAAAAUUACAUUAAUCAUGCCUUCUUCCAUGAUCCAUAUAAUCCUUGCCGAGAAUGUCAGUGCGACAGUGGAACCGUAGCAUGUCAGCAGAGGUCUUGUGAUUCUCCAACAUGCAAAGACCCUGCUCUGGCUAACACACAAUGUUGCUCAAUGUGUCAAGAUUGCAUGUUUAAAGAUGGCUUCUUCAGGCAUGGAGAAAAUUUUACGGACCCGGAUGAUCCCUGUGUUAAAUGUUCUUGCCAGUUUUCUCAAGUGAUUUGUGAGGAACAUAGCUGUCCUGAAGAAAGUUGUACAAAUUCUCUUAAUUCAGCUUGUUGUGAGGGUCCUUACUGUUCAGAUUGUCAGUUUUUUGAGGACAUGUACACAGAUGGAGAAGUUUUCACUCAUCCCCACGAUCCUUGUGCAGUAUGCAUCUGUCAGGGUGGUCAUGUUACCUGUUUCGAACAAUGUCCUGAUAUCUUCUGCACUCAUCCUGUAAAAACGUCUUGUUGUUAUUCUUGCAAUGAUGGAUGUUCCCUCGGAAAUUUAGUUUACGUCGAUUAUCAAGUAUUCCUGGAUACCGACAACGACUGCCAGGAAUGUGUUUGCUUGAAAGGGAACAUAACUUGCAAGCGGAUAAGUUGUCCAACUCCAUCUUGCAAGCACCCUUCACCAGAUGGUUGUUGCUCUGUUUGUGAUGGAAGUGUUCACUGUUCCAAGAAGCCAUGCGGACCAUUGAAUUGUUCUAAUCCAAUAUACGAUUCCGAAGCAUGCUGUCCUCACUGUCCUAACUAUUGCAUAUCCAAUAGUAAAAAGUAUGACCUUAAUUCUGUUAUUCCGCAUUCAUCGGAUGUCUGUCAAGAAUGCAAGUGUGUGCAGGGUGGAGAUGUGUACUGCGAGUUAAAGGAAUGCCCUGAAGUAUUGUGUCAACACCCAGCUUAUGGAAAGUGUUGUCUGGAAUGCAUGAACUGCAAUUUUGCGUCGAAUAUUUAUUCCAAUGGGACAAACUUCACAAAUCCACGUAACAUUUGUGAAAUAUGCAUUUGUUUGGAAGGAGAAGUUCUGUGUUCCAAAAAGCUGUGUGAACCUAUAAACUGCAAUAAUCCAAUAGAAGAUCCUCAGUCUUGUUGCCCUUAUUGCCCUAAACACUGCAUGUACAUUGGCGAAAAAUAUGACAGUGGUGAAACUUUUUCACCCUCAUCGGAUCCCUGUCAAGAAUGCAUAUGCUUGGAAGGAGAAAUAUUGUGUGACGUGAAAGAAUGUCCUGACAUUAUCUGUUCGCACCCGACUUUAGGAAACUGUUGCUUAGAAUGCUCGAAUUGCAAAUUUCAGGACUAUGUUUAUUUUGAUGAAGAAAGUUUUAUAAAUCCGACAAAUCCUUGCGAAAACUGUAUCUGCUCGGCUGGAAAUGUACGAUGUGUAGAAAAGGAGUGCUCUGAAGUAAUGUGCCAACACCCAGCGUUAGGAGAAUGUUGCUUGGAAUGUUUAAACUGCCAGUUUGCGACAAACUUCUAUAUGAAUGGGACAAAUUUCACAAAUCCACGGAACUCUUGUGAAACAUGCAUUUGUAAGGAGGGCGAUGUUCAUUGCACUAAGAAGCCAUGUGAACCACCAAAUUGUAUCAAUGUGAUAGAUGACCCUGAAUCAUGCUGUCCAUAUUGUGCUAACAACUGCAUAUACAAUGGAAAUAAAUAUGACAUUGGCACAGUUUUUCCUCAUUCGGUGGAUGUUUGUCAAGAGUGCACAUGCCUG